AUGAAACGAAUCAGCAUGGUGGGUAGGAGGCUCACUAUAUCGUUGUUUUCAACGAACAAAACCCAGAGAUUCAGAACCGAUGGGCCACAACGACACUGGAAGUUCAGCGCCUCUACCGUCGAAUCCGAACCCGGAUUACUUGACUAUGCUUGCAAGGGUUAUUUAAUGACUGCAACUGUUAAUGGAAAGCUAUUCUCCGGCUAUAUGAUGCAUUGUUUAGAGAGAUUUAGUGAUGUGGUUGGUAGCCCAUAUUACGUUGCACCAGAAGUCUUACGCAAGCGGUAUGGUCCAGAAGCAGAUGUUUGGAGUGCUGGAGUGAUUCUUUACAUUCUGUUAAGUGGAGUGCCUCCAUUUUGGGCGGAGAGCGAGCAAGGGAUAUUUGAAGAAGUAUUACAUGGUGACCUAGACUUUUCAACAGACCCAUGGCCUAGUAUUUCUGAAGGUGCCAAAGAUUUAGUAAGGAAAAUGCUUAUUCAAGAUCCCAAAAGGCGGAUAUCUGCACAUGAUGUUUUGUGCCAUCCCUGGGUUCAAGUUGGUGGUGUGGCUCCUGACAAGCCUCUCGAUUCUGCAAUAUUAAGUCGAUUGAAGCAAUUCUCUGCAAUGAACAAGCUCAAGAAAAUGUCUAUUAGAGUAAUUGCAGAGAGCUUAUCUGAAGAAGAAAUUGCUGGCCUAAAAGAAAUGUUCAAAAUGAUAGACACUGACAGUAGUGGUCAAAUCACUUUUGAAGAACUUAAGGCUGGUUUGAAAAGAUUUGGAGCUAAUCUUAAGGAAUCUGAAAUUUAUGAUUUAAUGCAAGAAAAAAUGGGAUCAAUGGCAGAUGAAUUGGAUCCAUGUUGAACAAUCAGUCAAUAUAAGAAGUGUUGAUGAGGUUAUUGUGAUUGGUGCUGGUCUUUCUCUGUCUUCAUCAG